CCGUCGUACCCCUCGCGGCUGGCUGAGCAUGGCCGGUCGACGUUUCCAGUGAUUGCCCAGUGCUGUGGUCAUUCCCUUUGUUCUUCCCCCUUUGGAUGCCGUGCUCAAGACAUACCCAUCGGCCGUGCUCAGCCAUUGUGCUUCGCCGCUGCACGACUUCUCCGGGCUCCCAGGGCGACCGCUGACCGGCCAGAUGUUCAGCUGACGUGCGUAGCCCCCCGUGCGGAUCAUGGAGACUGUCGCGUAGGCCUAAAGCUGCUGGGAUCGAUACGCUGCGAGCAUCGUGCGGUCAUGCUCUUUAGAAUCUAGUUCUCAGCUGUGUGUAUCUGUAGGAAAAAAAAAAAAGUACGGCCAUGCAGCAAGCACCUAACGUGCCGGAGGCACCUCCGGCCGAGUGCAACAUCAAAGUCGUCUGCCGGUUCAGGCCGCUCAACGAUGCCGAAGAGCGUGCCGGCAGCAAGUUCAUCGUCAAGUUUCCGUCGGGAUCGGAGGAUUGUCUCUCGAUAGCGGGCAAGGUGUACGUGUACGACAAGGUGUUCAAGCCGAACGCCACGCAAGAGAAGGUCUACAAUGAGGCAGCCAAGGCCAUCGUCAAAGAUGUGCUCAUGGGCUACAAUGGAACCAUAUUCGCCUACGGCCAGACUUCCAGCGGGAAGACGCACACAAUGGAGGGCGUUCUGGGAGAUUCCUACAGCCAAGGCAUCAUACCCCGGAUCAUUAACGAUAUUUUUAAUCACAUUUAUUCAAUGGAUGAAAAUAUUGAGUUCCAUAUAAAGGUGUCUUACUUUGAAAUUUAUCUUGACAAGAUUCGUGAUCUCCUCGAUGUAACGAAGACAAACUUGUCCGUUCAUGAGGACAAGAACAGAGUUCCAUUUGUCAAGGGUGCUACUGAGAGGUUUGUCACCAGUCCUGAAGAAGUGAUGGAAGUCAUUGACGAAGGGAAAGCAAACCGACACAUUGCUGUAACAAACAUGAACGAGCACAGUUCCAGAAGCCACAGUGUGUUCCUAAUCAACGUCAAGCAGGAGAACCUGGACGACCAGAAAAAGCUCAGUGGCAAGCUGUACCUGGUAGACCUUGCUGGCAGUGAAAAGGUCAGCAAAACCGGAGCUGAGGGCAUGGUUCUAGAUGAAGCAAAGAACAUCAACAAGUCCCUGUCUGCACUGGGCAAUGUGAUUGCAGCACUUGCCGACGGAAACAAAUCGCACAUCCCUUACCGAGACAGCAAGCUAACGAGAAUUCUGCAAGAGAGUCUUGGAGGUAACUCCCGGACGACGAUCAUCAUUUGCUGCUCGCCGGCAUCCUUCAACGAAUGUGAAACCAAGUCUACGCUAGAAUUUGGCAAGAGGGCCAAGACGAUCAAGAACACUGUGAUUGUCAACGAGGAAUUGACCGCCGAGGAAUGGAAACGACGAUUCGACAAAGAGCGUGAGAAAGUGGCCAAGCUCAAGGGCCAGCUGAGCCGAGCGGAGUUUGAGCUGAGCCGCUGGCGCAAUGGUGAGAGUGUACCAACAGACGAGCAGCUGAAGGAUCUGGAGACUAGCACCAUGAGCCUAUCAGAGACAGCGUCUGCAACCAACCUUUCGGCCAGCACGCUAUCGGUGGGAGGCACCACGCCCACUGCAGCCGCAGCCACAGCAGCAGCAGCCAAGGUGGACCCCCUGGCUGGGGAAGAGCGCACGCGCCUUUACGCCCAGUUGGACGAGAAGGACGACGAGAUUGACCGCCAGAGCCAGCUCAUCGAAAAGCUCAAGGAGCAGAUAAUGGAGCAGGAGGAGCUGAUCACGACCACACGGCGGGACUACAGCGGCCUUCAGCAAGAGAUGCUGCGCAUCCAACAAGAAAACGAGUCGGCCAAGGAGGAAGUGAAGGAGGUGCUCCAGGCCUUGGAGGAGCUGGCCGUCAACUACGACCAGAAGUCGCAGGAAGUGGAUGCUAAGAAUCGCGAGUGCGAGUCCCUUGGCGAGGAGCUCAACCAGAAGCUGUGCCAGCUCAACUCGGCACAGAACGAGUUGCAGCAAAUGAAGGACCACUCGGUGCACCAGAAGAAGCGCACCACUGAAAUGCUGACCUCGCUGCUCAAGGACCUUGCCGAGAUUGGCAUCGUCCUGGGCGGCCCUGCCGGAGAAGCCAAGCCGGGCACUGAUGUUAAUGGGAAGAUUGAAGAAGAGUUCACUGUGGCUCGGUUAUACAUCAGCAAGAUGAAGUCGGAGGUGAAAGCAUUGGCUCAGCGCUGCCACCAGCUGGAAUCAUUCAAGUCGGACUGCAACAAGAAGAUCGAGUCCAACGAGAAGGACUUGGCCGAGUGCCGUCUCCUGAUUAGUCAAUACGAAGCAAAGAUGAAGUCGUUGCAGGAGUCUAUGAAGGACAUUGAGAACAAGAAGCGUGCCUUGGAAGAGUCUCUUGACGAGCUCAACGAGGAGUGCGCCAAGCUCAAGGCAGCUGAGGAGAUGCACAUCAUGGCCUCCAAGGAGAAAGAGAAGGAGAAGGACUCGGCCGAGAAGAUGAAGGAGGCCCUGGAGCAGCAGAUCGAGAAGCACCGCGACGCCCACCAGAAGCAGCUGAGCUCGCUGCGGGACGAGAUCGCCGACAAGAUCGGCCACAUCGACGCGCUGAAGGACGCCAACCAGAAGCUGUCGUUGGCGCAGGAGCGGCUGCAGCAGGAGUACGACCGGCUCAAGCAGGAGGAGCAGGAGAAGAGCCACAAGCUGCAGGAGCUGCAGUUCCUCAACGCACGUCGCGAGCAGGCGCGCCAAGACCUGAAGGGGCUCGAGGAAACCGUCUCGAAGGAGCUGCAAACGCUGCACAACUUGCGCAAGCUGUUCGUGCAGGACCUGCAGAGCCGGGUCAAGAAGGCCAACCAGGGCGAGGAUGCCGACGACUCCGGAGGUGGAGGCUCCUUGGCCCAGAAGCAGAAGAUCGCCUUCCUCGAGAACAACCUGGACCAGCUCACCAAGGUCCACAAACAGUUGGUGCGUGACAACGCCGACUUGCGCUGUGAACUGCCUAAGCUGGAGAAGCGCUUGCGAGCAACCAUGGAGCGAGUCAAGGCUCUGGAGAGUGCUCUGAAGGAAGCGAAGGAAAGUGCCAUGCGCGACAGAAAGCGCUACCAGUAUGAGGUGGAUCGCAUCAAGGAGGCUGUCAGGCAGAAGAACCUGGCCAGGAGGACGCACAUGGCACAAAUAGCCAAGCCAAUCCGAGCCGGCCAGCCCCAUGCCCCUGUGGGUGCUGCAAUCCGAGGUGGCGGCAUGGUCUACCAGCCACCAAAUGCAGCCGUGGAAAAGGCUUAGAUCACGAAUACACGAAAACACACAGCCGCAAAGUGCACGCAACUGCAGCUGCCAGCACUCGCGAGAGGCCGAGGAGAGAAGGAAGGCAAGAGGAGGAAGGAAGCAGUGAAGACCAACACUGGGCCUUGCUUGUUUGUUGUCUCAUGCCACGGGGCAUCGCGUUCCUUCAGGGUUUACCCAAACUUCCUCCCUCCAUUGUUCUCUCUCUGACAUUCUUUUUUUGUUAAAUCUUUUUACGCCCCACCUUGCCCUUAGGUUUUGAUCCUUCGAGACCUCUGUUGUGCGUACAGUGUCUUUCCAAGCAGCAGCAGACAGCAGUUUGUAGUGCAGCCAAUGGCGUGCAGCUUCUUUCCAAAGAUGGCAGCAGUGAAAACGAUAAGCGCUUUAUAGGAUCAAACUGCUUUCUGAUCUGCACUUCCCUUUCUCCCUCUCUCUCUUUGUCAAACGCUCACUCUCAUCUUCCUGUGAAACUGGUGACAACUUUUAUGACCAUGCACCAAAAACUUUGCUCAGUGCAUAUGUCUAGUUCCGACUUCUUUUGGCUACCUUUCUAAUUUUUUUUUCUUUUCCGUAACGUGGUAAGGGACUGUUGUAAUUUGUUUUAAAGCAUUCUGUUGACGGUUCACGCACUUGCAGCUUCCAAAUGGAUUUUCUUGUAGCUUUAAUUUUUGCCCUAGUUCAUUCUCUUCUCAUACAACGCAUGCUCAGCAAAUAAAAAAAGCCAAAAAAAAAGUUGGGUUGGGCUGGGUUGGAAGACAGUGGUUUGUUUUUAUGAAAAGGGGUACUUGCAUGACUCGGCAAAGGCCUCGUAAGUUCAUUGUGCAUCACAGUGUCUCGUUUCUUUUUCUUCUCUCAUUGCGUCUUUUACUGUUCUUUUAUAUGGUGAUCAGUUGCGUACUGAGUGACUGGGUAGCAGUGAUCACAUGCCUCUCAGCCUGCUGAAUGGUUGUAAUGUACUUCCGUACGUGAAAAGAAGUCUUCGAUCUUUGGUUGGAUGUUAACUCAUUGCUUGUACAGGGCGUGCUCCACAGCUUGUUGCAUGCCAGUGGCCUCUGGCUGCAUAGGCAGGUGCUAAAUGAAAUUGACACGGGUGUGUGUUUCACUGAUGGGAUUGAACACGUAUUGUCUGAAGAAGCAGCACUGUUUUUCUUUAUCUUCGUUUAUUGGGUGUCCUUUCUCUUGCACAGAGGUGUGCCAGCUAACGAGGAGUAGGUUGGAUCUAGAGAAUGGUUACCUCUCGGUUUGUCACGCAUGAUGGGCACCUCGGUUUGAUGGUGUUUAAAAGACAUCAAAGUGACUAUGAAACCGCACCUAUGUGGCAUCUGGUCUGCUGCAAAGACUCUUUUUCACGUUUAAUUUUUGUCUUGUCAUAGCUGUGCCCUCGCACUCGCCGCACACGUACGCCGUCCUGUACCAAGAGUCAAAAUAUAGGAUCCAUCUUCUUGCCUUCCACGACUUUUCUAAGCUAAUCCUUUUAGUACCAGACUACUUUCCUCCCUCCAGCAUUUUGUUCCUGGGUUUUGAUGUUAUUUUAUCGAGGGGAGCGCCCACUGUUGUGGUACAGAGGCAAUCAUCUGCGCCCUGCAGAUGCUACCGAACAAGUGUGACGUCAACCUCGUUGAAGAGAUCAAACCUGCUCCUUGUGAAGCAGAAUCUCUUUCUCUUUUUUUUUUCCUCCCACCCUCUCUCUCUUCAACACAACCCCUGCUCUCAAAGCUCGUCUUUUUUUGCAGCUGCUUGUACAUAUGUUACCAAAGGAAUGCUCACACCAGAUGUCACAUAAGCACUCUGCCUUUGUUUGUUGCUGGGUUCGUGGCCACGACCUUCUAAUGUCUAUCACGACCUUCUAAUGUACUUGUCAAGCAUCCCGACUGUGUUUCCCAAUUUGACAGUUGUGGAUAGAUGCUAGUUCCCACCUUACAAGUGUUUGCAAACCUCUCGCCAGACGUCGGUCCAUGCUAUUGUGUCUGUUCUUAGUUUUUUUUUCUUGGCCUGCAUUGUUCCUUCCGAGGUGUGUUUGUUGGGCACCCUCCCAGACCGGCCUUCCCACGGUCCUUCCCCCGAAACGGAACGAUGGCAAGAAGGGAAACGGGAGAGUCGCGCGUAUAUAUUUUUGAAGCAGUGCUGCAGGUGACGUCCUUGAGGUUUGUUGUGCCUUUUUCACGACCAACACAAGCAGCGCACAACAGACACGUGCACUCGAUACAAGUGGACAUACACGACAGCCACACACAGACACAGACCAACACAAAACUCGGACAUGAAAACAGAUCUGGGGUGUGAAUGCAGUUGCGAGAGAGAGCAUUGGUGUGAUAAAUGUUCUGGAAGUCCCCUAUCGUUUUUUUUUUUUCUCAAGAGUAACUUUUUUUUUCUUUGCGUGUGUCUGGACCAAAAAAAUUGGUAGUAUGUUUUUUUUUUUUUUUGCCUAAUUAUUUACCCAACGCCAAUAGAGUACGUUCUACAGCCCUGUAUUGUUAUUGUUUUUCAGUUUGGUAAGGGGUGUCAUUCGCUUCUUUUGUAUAUCACCUGCUUUACGGCUGCUGUGAGCUUGGCAAGGCAGGAUGGGGGUACAAUAGACUUUCAAACAGCUGCCCAUAGCAGCUUGCAAUAGUGAUGACCUCUACUGAUAUUAUUUUCCUCCUCUUCCUAUUUUGUAGCCCUUAACAAUUAUUUAUAUAUAAAGUGUGUUUUGAGGCUAUUGUUAUAGAGUUAAAUAGCUGUACUAUUUUUAUUGUUUCAGUGGAAUGCACUUAUGGCUUUAAAUGAAAAACGAAGAUAGUGUAUUCACAAUCGAUACAGGCCUGGGUUCUCUGCUGCAAGGGGAACUGUAUAGCCUUGAAAAUGUAUUUUUUUCCGUUUGUUUCUCGGGCAUACGUCCUCUGGGCUCGUUGUUGCCUUUUUUUUUUUUUUUUCUCCUUCUCAACUUGCGUGAUUUUAGGUUAACUUCAUUGCCCGCAAGAAUUAAGCACUCUGUUUGGUGCAUGUAAUAGGUGGUAUAUUGCCUCCUCUGGAAACCACAGUGUAGGCUCAUUGUCAGCAUUUUGCGCAGCAUCAUGGUGGGCUAGUGCAAUUAGUGCAUGCAAAACACACACACACACACACUGGGGCUUUUGUGGGGCGGUUUGCUUGUAAUGUUUCUUGCAGGCGGGAUUGCAUCCGCACCUAAACCACCUUUUAUCUCCUUUUUAUUUCGUUUUUGCAAUGUGUCCAUGGGAAGUCAAGCAUUAAAGUAAUUUAUGAAAAAAAAAUAAAAGAUGUACUGUACUGUAUGUGGCUUAAUAAAAGUUUUGUUUUCUGGUGGU